GUCCCCUUCUCCUUCCAGGUCAUCUUCUGAUAGGAGGAGUCCUUCCCACCAUGGAGGUGGACGAGGAGAUGGAAAAGGUCCGCAUCCUCAAUGGAGAGCCUUUGGAGGGUGAGGCGGAGGAGCCGUCGGCAGCGGCAGAGGAGGCUCUUCUGGGCUUCCCGAAGGGCCCCCUGAGCGGGGUCUGGCGGCACAAGUGCGCCUCCUACGUUCUGGCGCUGCGCCCGUGGAGCUUCAGCGCCUCCUUGACGCCGGUGGCCCUGGGCAGUGCCUUGGCCUACCGCUCUCGGGGCGCCUUGGACCCCGGCCUGCUGGUGGGCAGCGCCGUCACCGUCUUGGCCGUCCACGGAGCCGGGAACCUGGUCAACACCUACUACGACUUCUCCAAGGGCAUCGACCACAAGAAGAGCGACGACCGGACGCUGGUGGACCGCAUCCUGGAGCCGCAGGACGUCGUGAGGUUCGGGGUCUUCCUUUACACCUUGGGCUGCCUCUCCGCCGCCGGCCUCUACUGCCUCUCCACCCUCAAGCUGGAGCAUUUGGCCCUCAUCUACUUCGGAGGACUUUCCAGCUCUUUCUUGUACACCGGAGGCAUCGGCUUCAAGUACGUGGCCCUGGGCGACCUGGUCAUCCUGAUCACCUUUGGCCCCUUGGCGGUGAUGUUUGCCCACGCGGUGCAGGUGGGCUACUUGUCGGUCUCUCCGCUGCUCUACGCGGUGCCCUUGGCUCUCAGCACGGAGGCCAUCUUGCACAGCAACAACACCCGGGACAUGGAGUCGGACCGGCAGGCCGGGAUCGUCACGCUGGCCAUCCUGAUCGGGCCCACCUUCUCCUACGUGCUCUACAACACCCUCCUCUUCCUGCCCUACCUGAUCUUCUGCCUCCUGGCCACUCGCUACACCAUCAGCAUGGCGCUCCCCUUGCUCACCAUGCCCAUGGCCUUCUCCUUGGAGCGCCAGUUCCGCAGCCAGAGCUUCGUCAAGAUCCCCCAAAGGACCGCCAAGCUCAACCUCCUCUUGGGGCUCUUCUACGUCUUUGCCAUCCUCUUGGCCCCGCCGGGGGCCCUCCCCAAGCUUUAAUGCCCCAAAGAGGGGGCGCGGGACACUCCUUGGCACCUUCUCCUCCUUCUAGCCAUUCCCAUUACAGGGGAAGCCUUAACCAAAACAGGAAGUGAUUGUGGGUCACUUUCCUACAGCAGGAAGUGGUUCAGGGUCACUUUC